GCAAGGAGGCGGGAGUUUGGGGCUGGCUCUGACAGACUCGAGGCUUGAGUUCCCAGAGUUCCUAUUGGGUCAACGCGGGAAGCGCCAAGAUGGCGGCAGCGGCGACCUGCAGCACAGGCACCAGGAGUACUGGGUCUAUGGUGGUGGCGGCUAGCAGGAACAACGUCACCAGCUUCCAGCGGAGGGGUCCUAGAACCAGCGGUACCGACAGCGGCUGCUCUCGACUGGUGUCCAUCUCGGGGACACGACCGUCGGUGCGGAAUGGACAGCUGCUGGUAUCAACCGGGCUCCCAGCCCUGGACCAGCUCCUAGGUGGCGGUUUGGCCGUUGGAACAGUUCUUCUAAUUGAAGAGGAUAAAUAUAAUAUUUAUUCUCCUUUGCUCUUCAAGUAUUUCCUGGCAGAAGGAAUUGUCACUGGACAUACUUUGUUAGUUGCAUCUGCAAAAGAAGACCCUGCUGACAUUUUACAGGAACUUCCUGCACCAUUACUUGAUGAUAAUUGUAAAAAAGAAUGUGAUGAAGACAUAUGUAAUCAUAAAACAGAAUCUAACGUUAAGAUGAAAAUAGCUUGGCGUUACCAGUUAUUGCCCAAGAUAGAGGCUAGACCGGUAUCAUCUUCAAGAUUUGGUCACUAUUAUGAUGUAUCAAAAAGGAUACCACAAGAACUAAUUGAGGCUUCAAAAUGGCAUGGAUUUUUUCUUCCAGAAAAAAUAUCAUCAACUCUUAAUGAAGACCCCUGUUCUUUGAACCAUGGCUACAUAAAGCUGCUGCAGUUUAUCCAGAACAUCAUUUAUAAGGAAGGAUUUGAUGGAUCCAAUCCCCAGAAAAAACAGAAAAACAUUUUAAGAAUAGGAAUCCAGAAUCUUGGUUCACCUUUGUGGGGAGAUGACAUUUGCUGGACAGAAAACUGUGACAGCAAUUGCAGUCUUACAAAGUUCCUCUAUAUGCUCCGUGGUCUUCUGCGAACCUCUCUUUCAGCCUGUAUCAUCACAGUGCCAACACACCUUAUCCAGAAUAAAGCAAUUAUUGCUCGUGUUACAAACUUGUCAGAUACAGUAGUUGGUCUGGAAUCAUUUAUUGGUUCUGAGAAAGAAACCAACCCAUUAUAUAAGGAUUAUCAUGGUUUGAUUCAUAUACGGCAGAUUCCUCAGCUUAAUAACUUGAUUUGUGAUGUAUCAGAUGUCAAAGACUUAGCUUUUAAAUUAAAAAGGAAGCUAUUCACCAUUGAGGGGACAUGGGUUCAAGCCCUGGUCCGGAACUACUGAAGCCCGCGAGCCUAGAGUCAGUGCUCCGCAACAAGAGAAGCCACCGCGAUGAGAAGCCCGCGCACCGCAACAAAGGGUAGCCCCAGCUCACCGCAACUAGAGGAAGCCCACGCACAACAAUGAAGACCCAACAGAGCCAAAAGUAAAUAAAUAAAUUUAUUUUUAAAAAGUAGAUAUCAUGCAUUUUAGAUGAUUUUAGAGACAAUACGGUAUAGAUGUUAUGCCUUUGUAAACAAGAUAUUUUCCCACUUUCCUACGUUCUUUCAGUUGGACUAAAAGGCACAUAACAAAAAUGUAGUCUAGCCUAGCCUAGCACCUAAUAACUCCCACAGAUGCAUAUGCAUAUUUAGAUGCAGAUAACUAAACAUAGAUUCCCCAAAACACAGAUCCUAACAACAGCCUUUCUAAUGGCACGUUGAGCUCCCUAGUGAAAUGGCUGCAGCAUCUCAAAACAGAAAGCAACAGCUAGACUUACUUGUGAAGUGACUGUGAAAAGCACUUUUCUUUCCUGACUGUGCUACAUACAGAAAUCCAUGAACCUCUGAAGUAGUCACGUGAUUUAUGGUGUAGCUGCUGGCAGCUAAGAUAGGUUAUCAAACUCUAGGUCUGCUACAGUAUUACCAUUCUCUCACUCCUACCAAGAAUUUUGUUAUUUAAGCAGGGACUGGCUGUUAGCUGUGUAGUAUUCAUUUUUGUUUUUCUGGGGAGAGCAUAGAAGGUGGGUGAAGGGGUUGAGGCAACAGGGAUGAGGCUGAUGACUGAAGAUAGUGCACUCUGUGUCUUAGUGAUUGGAAAACCUCUGGAUAGCUCUGUAGGUCACUCCAUGGCCUUCGCCAGCCUACUCAGCUGGACCCAGUUUUAAGUAAUUAAUGACGAUGGAACCAACAUGAGUGUACUCUGUACCCAUAGCAUGAUUCAAUAAAGGGCUUCUCUGUUGUAGCAGUUUCUAAAGGACUUUACAGUUGUUCUGUUACAUUGAAGUUGUAUCAGUUCUUUUUAAAAAAUGCAUGCCAUCAUUUGGGACUUUGAAGUCUUUUGUUGAAAGGGGAUUUUUGUCGUAAGGCAUUUGUUAUAAAUGGUGUUUAUUCUGUUACUGUGAAAAAUCUACACGUAACUCCUCAGAUAUGACUUUUAUUGAGCAUAUGUGAGUUAAAAGUAAUAAUUCAAUAAAACAGCCAUCACAUGAACAGUUCAUUUACUAUGCAGUUCUAAUAACAUGCUCCCAAAUGGCUUUCAUAUGAACUGAUGAUAUUCUGUUAAGUGUGGAUGAGUAAAACCCCCAAAUUAAUAAAACUAUCAUGUUGUGACAGUAGUUUUUGAUGAGAUCUCACACGCCAUGUUUUUGAUCCAUAAGCUCUAAUCCCAUUAUCGGUCAUCCAUAACAAACUCUACUACUUUAAUUAUCAAAACUUUAAAUAUGAAUUAUUAAAAAGAAAAUACCUGGAAAUGUUUAGACAUGCCAAAUAUG